AUGAGUAAGCACUUCACUGCAAUAAUUUUAAAGCAAUAUCCUUUCUUUAGAGAUUCGCGAACCAGCUGCACAUUUGUUGUUUGUCAUUUGAAGUCGGCCGUGACAAUCUCUCCAAGGUCAGCACAUUUUAGCGCAGCAGGUGGUCUGAGUAUACACAAUAUCAAAAAUGUUAGCAAAACAAGACUGGCAAUCAAAAUAACAUGCUCUGAUAACACAAUCUACCGCGUCACACCGGUCUAUGCCAUUUUAGAACCAGAAGAAGUGGUAGUAUUAAAUAUAGGAAGACUUGAUGGUGUGCCAAAGAAGGAUCGUCUCGGAAUCCUUAUGAUUGACUACAGCGGUACGGGUAACGCCAAAGAUGCUUUCAAGCGCACUGAUUUGCGACCGGUGACCGUCAACGUUCCUCUACUUGUCAAGGAGAACUGA